AUCAUCGAAUCACCUCCUCUUGCUCCACGAGGUGCUUGUGCACAGAGGCGGCGGAGUCGGAACGAGGCAGCAGCAGAAGCAUCAUUUCAUAAUUUGCCUCCCUCUCGUUGCGUCCUGCUCGGCAGCCUUCAGCCGACUAACACGCUGCCUCCGGAGUCAUUCAGGAGCCCAGUCAGAAUGUGCUGGCGCUAGAUUGAGCACAGGGAUGUGAGCGCACCAGUAAAGAUGACCCUGUUGGCGGGCGAUGGCUCCGACUACGACUACAGUGUGCUGAGCUGUGCCUCGGACCUCUCCUUCAACCCCCCUCCCCCACAAGAGGAGGCGGCCCAGAAGGGAGCUUUCUACAAGAGGGCCCAGCGCGCUCCCGAGCCCGGCGCCGUCCACGACGACACCCACUGGCCCAGCAGCCGCAAGCUCCACGCCAUCAUCAACGUGGGUGGCCUGCGUUACCAGCUGCCGUGGACCACCCUGGAGGACUUCCCCCUGUCCCGCCUGGGCCAGCUGCACCUCUGCAGCAGCUUCGAUGAGAUCAUGGGCAUCUGCGACGACUACGACGUCGCGCACAACGAGUUCUUCUUCGACCGCAGCCCCUGCGCCUUCCGCACCAUCCUGACGUUCCUGCGGGCGGGCAAGCUGCGCUCCCUCCGGGAGAUGUGCGCCCUCUCCUUCCGGGAGGAGCUGCUCUACUGGGGGGUCCCCGAGGAGAACCUGGAGUGGUGCUGUCGCCGGCGCCUGCUGCAGUGCGUGGAGGAGUUCGAGGCGAUGGAGAGGGCGGAGGAGGAGGAGGAGCUGCUGGAGGAUCUGUUGGACUCGGACAGCGGGCCCGGGGAGCCGCCGGCCGAGUCCGGAGUCGGCCGGUGCAUGGGCAAGCUGAGGGACAUGGUGGAGAGGCCUCACUCGGGCCUCCCGGGCAAGAUCUUUGCCUGCCUGUCGGUGCUGUUCGUCACCAUCACCGCCGUCAACCUGUCCAUCAGCACCAUGCCUGCCAUGAGGGAGGAGGAGGAGGCGGGCACGUGCUCCCGGAUGUGCUACAACAUCUUCAUCGUGGAGACGGUGUGCGUGGCCUGGUUCUCCCUGGAGUUCACCCUGCGCUUCAUCCAGGACCGCAGCAAGCUGACCUUCCUCCGGCAGCCGCUGAACCUCAUCGACGUGGUGGCCAUCCUGCCGUACUACAUCACGCUGCUGGUGGACAGCACCUCCAAGGGGGAGAAGAGGCCGGGCUCGGGCAGCAGCUACUUGGACAAGGUGGGCCUGGUGCUGCGUGUCCUGCGGGCCCUGCGCAUCCUCUACGUGAUGCGACUGGCCCGCCAUUCGCUGGGCCUGCAGACUCUGGGCCUGACAGCACGCCGCUGCACGCGCGAGUUCGGCCUGCUGCUCCUCUUCCUGUGCGUGGCCAUCGCGCUCUACUCCCCCUUGCUGUACUUGAUCGAGAACGAGAUGGCCGCCACGCAGGAGUUCACCAGCAUCCCCGCCACCUACUGGUGGGCUGUCAUCACCAUGACGACGGUGGGCUACGGGGACAUGGUGCCGAGGAGCAUCCCGGGCCAGGUGGUGGCUCUGAGCAGCAUCCUGAGCGGCAUCCUCCUCAUGGCCUUCCCCGUCACCUCCAUUUUCCACACCUUCUCGCGGUCCUACGUGGAGCUGAAGCAGGAGCAGCAGAGGCUGCUGCACAGGAGGACGCACUUCCUGCUGCGGAGCCGCAUGGCCGGCCUGGGCAGCAACCUCUCCUUAGAUAGCGAUCUGCUCUUCCCCAUGGGGUCGUCCGACACCAGAGACGACUGACACUGUCGGACAGGCGCGGAAAGAGACGGGAGAAGAGCGAGGUCGCGAAUGAGACUGAAGGUGUGUGAUGGUGAUGAGAGAGAGCAUCUCAGGAAGGUGCAGGGAGAAGCAACAAGUCGCAGGAAGAGAAAAGGGAUUUAUUUUUCUUUCCAGAAAUGCAGCCUUGCCGUGUAGCAGUUUGAUUCAACGUGAAGAAUCAAGAGAGAACAAAAAAAGGAGGACGAGAGGCCCUCUCUAGAAAAAAAAGAAAAGAAUUAUCUCUGCAUUAAACCAUGGUCACAGAAUCUUCAAAAUGAAUCUACAAAAUUUACACCUGACAUGACAACUAUUCACGUAUAACAUUGACUUAGACUAUGACGGCCAUGUAUUGAAAUACAUUGUUAUUGAGGCGUGAAAUAUGUGAAUUGACAUAAGUAGAUAAAAAAGAGCAGAUAACAUGGCGUCAUUAGUGCUGCGUGUCACCUCCGAUUAGAUGUUGUAAUGGACUUGUCGAUGUCGUGUGCCCCCGGGAGUUUAAACAGCGUCACUUAAUGGAAGAUGCGCUCCGCUUUUGUUGAGUCCCAAAGGUUAAAUGGAGUUUUCUAUCUAAAGCUAAAAUGUGACCCUCAGUCCGCAGAUUAUUUUCUGAAUGUCGGCCCCUCAGUAACCCCCCCCCCUCUCUGGCACGGCCAGCAUCCGCAUAUUAAUUAUUAAAUGCUAUUAUUAAAUUGUCCCUCUUCUCCUCCUUGAGUUUCCAUAUGCAGUUUUUCAAUCCUUUUUGGGACAAUUUGAAGAUAUGAUUAUUGUGCUUGUAAUUACUGCAGUUGCUGUGCAUAAGCUGUUUCUAUAUAUAUUUUCUCUCUCUCUCUCUCUCUCUCUCUCUCUCUCCUUAAAGUGGAUUUAAACUGAAAUCUGUAUUUUGUGCCUAUCAUUCAUUGUUUCUUCUCAUUUGAAUUGUUAUUUACUUUAUUGGACAAGUGAUUUGCAGUGUUCGGCACAAAAUUGAACAAGUGAACAAUUUAACAAGUGAAAGCAUAUUUGGGGUCACACCACACAGUCAGAAAGAAAUGAAUGCAGUAAUAUACAAUACAAAACUUUACUACACAUCACCACCACACCACAGUGUAUGUACAUUACCAGGACAGUAUAACAUACAGUAUAUGUACUUGUACUAUGUACUAUGUACUGCUCUGAAGAUAUUUCUAGAUCUUUACUCAUCUAACCAUCAGGAUGAAAAACGUAUUCUGUCUGCGGAAAAAUGAAAUAGAUUUUCAGCCACUCUCCAAGCUCUGUUUCCAAUUAGGGAAUGUGGAAACAAGAUUAACACAACUCAAUCCGAACAGCAUUUCUCAACAUUACUGUUGAUCAUAUUUCACGUUAUUUUACAAUCUGUUAUAUUUUCAUACAACCUGAUAUCUUGAUAUAUUAAUAUAUUACCUUGCAACAGUCAGAAUCUUUUUCCUCCAGGCUGUUAGAAGAGUCUGUAAUGUUUCUAUGUUGUGUUUGAAUGACCUACUAUUUUUUCAUAAAAAGUGAAAGUCAGAUUAGAGACUUGAAACUUGAGAGAGAAACUGAGGCACUAGGUCUUUACUGGAGUAUUUCUAUUUCCUGCUACUUUAUACUUCCACUUUUUUCCAUUUCAGAGGGACAUACACCUCUAUCGGCAAUGAUUAAUUUGCAGAUUUGUAUUUUACAGACAAACCUUAUAAUCAGUUAAUAAAAUA